UGAUGUUUUUUUUGAGUUUUAGAGGUACAGACACCCGUAAGACCUUCGUUGAUCAUCUUUAUCAUACUCUUCAGGACAAAGGCAUUCGCACUUACAAGGACGAUGAGGAAAUCAAGAAAGGGAAAAAGAUCAAUGACGAACUCAUCAGAUCCAUUCAAGACUCAAAAUUCUACAUCGUUGUAUUCUCAAAGGACUAUGCCUCUUCCUCUUGGUGUUUGGAGGAGCUUGUGAAGAUAUUAGAGUGUCAGAAAACGAACGAGCAUACCGCUUACCCCCUAUUCUAUGAUGUGGAGCCCACCGAAGUCCGACAACAAAGCGGGCCAGUUGGAGAAGCCUUCUCCAAACACGAAAAGGAAGAGGCUGCCGAGAAAUGGAGAGAAGCUCUGAAAGAAGCAGCCGAUCUGGCUGGGUGGGAGUUGAAGAAAACUGCUGAUGGGCAUGAAGCCAAACUCAUCAAAAUAAUUGUUAAAGAGAUUUUACCGGAGUUACGUUACAUCAAUUCUAGCGUUGAUGAAAAGCUAGUAGGCAUGGAGACUCGCGUAAAGGAUGUUCUAUCAUUAAUAGAAACUGGUGCUGAUGAUGUUCGCAUGAUCGGGAUAAAGGGGAUGGGAGGUGGUGGGAAGACUACUUUGGCUAGAGCUAUUUUUGACCAAAUAUCCUUUCGGUUCGAAGGUAAAAGCUUUGUUGAGAAUGUGAGGGAAGUUUCAAAGGCUUCUUUGUCCGGUUUGACAUCAUUGCAACAUAAAGUCCUUUCGGAUGUCUUAAAUGAUCAAAACAUCAACAUAAGUAGUGUUUAUGAUGGAAAACACAUGUUGAAGAGGAGGAUGUCUGGUAGAAAGGUUCUUGUUGUUCUAGAUGAUGUGGAUCAUAUGAAUCAACUUGAGGCAUUAGCCGGUGAGUCUACUUGGUUUAAGAAGGGAAGUAGAAUUAUCAUUACAACAAGAUAUGAGCAAGUGUUGGUAGCACACCAUGUGAAGCUGAUUCGUAAUGUUAACUUAUUAUCGGAUCAGGAAGCAAUUUCCCUUUUCAGUAGAUAUGCAUUUGCGAGAGAGAUUCCGGUUCCAGGUUAUGAAAAGCUAUCAGGACAAGUUGUACGUUAUGCAGCUGGUCUUCCCUUAACAAUCAAGGUUUUGGGUUCGUUUCUCUGUGGUAAAGAUGAGAGUGAAUGGAUAGAUGCCAUAGAAAGACUUAAAACAAUUCCCUUGGAGGAAACUCUGAAAAGGUUGGAAUUAAGUUAUAUUGAUCUAGAGGACGAUUGCAAAGAGAUAUUCCUACAUCUUGCAUGCAUGCUAAAAGGUUAUAAAAAGAAGGCAGCAAUUGAAGCGCUUGAAAGCUGUGGAUUUCAUGCUCGAAAUGGUUUAAGAGUUCUUGAGCAAAAAUCUCUCAUAACUAUUAAUAAUUAUGAGCGUGUGGACAUGCAUGACCAUAUUGAAGAAAUGGGUAGAGAUAUUGUUCGUCGUUCCCGCCCUGCUAACAAACAUAGUAGAUUGUGGAAGGAAGAUGAAAUUGAAGAUAUACUUAUUAAUGAUUUGGGUACUGAAGCAACAAUUGGUAUGAAAAUCCACAUGUCAAAACUCAACCCAGAAAUCAUGAAAGGUCUUAGAAAGAUGAAGGAGCUUAAGUUUCUUGAUAUUAACGCAUCUGUGGAAGAUUUCUACUCGAAUCAGGAAACUGAUAAACUCAUUUCAAAUUUCCUAAAUGCUUUAGGAUUUUUGUGUUGCAAUUGGAAAUUUAAUAAAGUCAGUCCAUACUUUCCAGAUUCUUUACAGUAUCUGUGUUGGGACCGAUACCCUUUUAGGUCAUUACCCCAGACAUUUCGAGCAAAUAAUCUUGUUGCACUUAAGAUGACCAGAAGCAAAAUGGUACAGUUUUGGGAAGGGAGUGAAAGUAAGGUUCUUAACAAGCUCAGAAUCCUUGACUUGAGUGAUUCAUCAAUGUUGAGGACCCUUGACCUUGGGCUGACUCCAAAUCUCGAAACGUUGACUCUUGAAGGAUGUAAAGCUCUGGUGGAACUUUCAGAGAGCAUUUGUAUGUCUAAACAUCUGAAAUCUGUCAAACUUGAUAGAUGUCUGUUUCUUGAGAAGUUACCUAAGGAUCUUGGCCAAUUAGAAUGUUUGGAGGAGCUCAAUUUGUUAUCUACAAUGAUUAAACAUCUUCCAGAUAGCAUUUCUAAGUUGAAACAUUUGAGAUUUCUCAGACUUUAUGAUUCUCCAUUUCUUGAGCAGUUACCUGAGGAUCUUGGCCUAUUAGAAUGUUUAGAGGAGCUAAAUUUGUCAUAUACAAAGAUUAAACAUCUACCAGAUAGCAUUUGUAUGUUGAAACAUCUGAAAUCUCUCAACCUUUUAGGUUGUAGGUGGCUUGAGAAGUUACCUGAGGAUCUUGGCCGGCUAGAAUGUUUAGAGAGAAUAGAUUUGUCAUAUACAAAGAUUAAAAAUCUACCAAAUAGCAUUUGUAUGUUGAAACAUUUGAAAUCUCUCCGCCUUUUUCGUUGUGGGUCGCUUGAGAAGUUACCUGAGGAUCUUAGCCGGUUAGAAUGUUUAAAAGUCUAGAUUUUUCAUUUACAAAGAGUAAAUCUCUUCCAGAUAGCAUUUGUAUACUGAAACAUCGAAAAUUUCUCAAACUUUAUGAUUGUUCGUUGAUUGAGAAGUUACCAGAGGAUCUUGGCCAGUUUAGCAAGAUUUAGAUUUGGUCAUAUAUGAAGACCUUGAAAAGCCAAUUAACAAAGGUCUGCUGUAACAGGUACCUUCUCUGCUUUCUAUAGGUCAUCUUACUUCCAUUUGAUUUUUGAAAUCGAUACAUAAAAUAUUUAGAUUUUCUGUCAAAAAUCAUUAAUUAUAUAUAACAGU